AUGGCGUGUGGCAGCGGGAAGCUCACCAUCCAGCUGGUAGAUGAGGAGGCAGGACCUGGAGCUGGGGGCCCGAAGCCCUUUCGAGGCCAGAACUACGAGGCAAUCCGAGCAGCCUGCCUGGAUGAGGGGAUCCUGUUCCGAGAUCCUUACUUUCCUGCUGGCGCCGAUGCCCUUGGCUAUGACCAGCUGGGGCCAGACUCGGAGAAGGCCAAAGGGGUGAAAUGGAUGAGGCCCCAUGAGUUCUGUGCUGAGCCCCAGUUCAUCUGUGAGGACAUGAGCCGGACCGACGUGUGCCAGGGGAGCCUGGGUAACUGUUGGUUUCUUGCGGCCGCUGCCUCCCUCACUCUGUACCCCCGACUCCUGUGGCGGGUGGUCCCCCCCGGACAGGGUUUCCGAGACGGCUAUGCAGGUGUCUUCCACUUCCAGCUCUGGCAGUUCGGCAGCUGGGUGGACAUCGUGGUGGACGACAGGCUGCCCGUGCGUGAGGGGAAGCUGAUGUUCGUGCGCUCGGAACAGCGCAACGAGUUCUGGGCCUCCCUCUUGGAAAAGGCCUACGCCAAGCUCCAUGGCUCCUAUGAAGUGAUGCGGGGCGGCCACAUGAACGAGGCUUUCGUGGACUUCACAGGCGGCGUGGGCGAGGUGCUCUACCUGAGGCAGGACACCCCAGGCCUCUUCUCGGCCCUGCGCCACGCCCUGGCCAAGGAGUCGCUCGUGGGCGCUACUGCCCUGAGUGAUCGGGGCGAGUACCGUACAGAAGAUGGGCUGGUGAAGGGACAUGCAUAUUCAGUCACAGGCACACACAAGGUGUCACUGGGAUUCACCAAAGUGCGGCUGCUGCGGCUGCGGAACCCGUGGGGCCGCGUGGAGUGGACCGGGGCCUGGAGUGACAGCUGCCCACGCUGGGACGCACUCCCCGCAGAGUGGCGAGAUGCCCUGCUGGUGAAGAAGGAGGAUGGCGAGUUCUGGAUGGAGCUGCGGGACUUCCUCUGCCACUUCAACACAGUCCAGAUCUGCUCGUUGAGCCCUGAGGUCCUGGGCCCCCACCCUGCUGGAGGCGGCUGGCACAUCCACACCUUCCAAGGCCGCUGGGUGCGAGGCUUCAACUCUGGUGGGAGCCAGCCUGCUGCCGAAACCUUCUGGACCAACCCCCAGUUCCGGUUGACCCUGCUGGAGCCUGACGAUGAAGAGGACAAUGAGGAGGGGCCCUGGGGAGGCUGGGGGGCUGCAGGGGCGAACGGCCCAGCUCGAGGGGGACGAGUUCCCAAGUGCACUGUCCUCUUGUCACUCAUCCAGCGCAACCGGCGUUGCCUGAGGGCUCAGGGCCUCACGUACCUCACUGUGGGUUUCCACGUGUUCCAGAUCCCAGAGGAGCUGCUGAGGGGCUGGGACACCCCGCACAGUCGUGCGCUCCUGCCGGGCCUGUUGCGCGCCGACCGCUCGCCCUUCUGCGCCCGCCGGAGCCGCCGCUGCCGCCUGCGCCCCGGCCACUACCUGGUGGUGCCCAGCGCUGCCCGCGCGGGCGACGAGGCCGACUUCACGCUGCGCAUCUUCUCUGAGCGCCGCCACACCGCCGUGGAGAUCGACGAGGCGAUCAGCGCGGAUCUGCACGCCCUCACGGCCCCCUACGUUCCCCUGGAGCUGGGGUUGGAGCAGCUGUUUAAGGAGCUGGCGGGAGAGGAGGAAGAACUCGGUGCCCCUCAGCUCCAGGCCUUAUUAAGCAUUGCCCUGGAGCCUGCCAGCGUGCACCCCCGCACCCCCGCAGACAUCGGGCUCAGGACCUGUGAGCAGCUGCUGCAGUGCUUUGUGCAUGGGCGAAGCUUGGCCUUGCACGACUUCCAGCAGCUCUGGAGCCACCUCCAGAGGUGGCAGGCCAUAUUUGACAAAUUCGAUCGGGAUGCCUCUGGAACCAUGAACUCCCAUGAGCUGAGGCUGGCACUGAAUGCUGCAGGCUUCCACCUCAACAACCAGCUGACCCAGGCCCUCACUAGCCGCCACCGGGACAGCCGUCUGCGUGUGGACUUUGAGCGCUUCGUUUCCUGCGUGGCCCAGCUCAUCUGCAUCUUCCGCCACUGCAGCCAGCACCUGGAUGGGGGUGAAGGGGUCAUCUGCCUGACCCGCAGCCAGUGGCUGGAGGUGGCCACGUUCUAGGAUAUCACACGGGAGCGCCCGUGGCUGGAGGCAGGAGAGCUCCUGGGAGCCAUGCCUGUCCCUCUGCCAGCCUGGACCAGGGUUUAUUCCACAGCAAGUGGGAGUCUGAGCAAAACCAACCUCCUGCCAUCCCUCCACCUCUCUGCCUGGCAUGGGGGCUGACGUUCCAUACGCAGUGGUUGAGAGCAUGGCCUUGGGAGCCAGCCUGCCUUGGAGCGCAUCCCUGGCCCCACCACUCGCCAGCGGGGCAAGUCCCUGCAGUUCUCAGUGCUUUGCCCGCCUCACCUGCACAGGGACGGCAAGGGCACCUUCCUCGUGCUGGUUACGUGAGUCAGUCAGCGUUACGCAGCACAGGGCCUGGCCCAGACUGGGUGGGUCUCAUUUUCACACACUCAUGGGAAUGGAGGUCGUGGCACGUCCAGGCCCGGCCUCACUCUGGGACAAGGUGUUUUGUCACUGUUCUGCUAAGUAGACAGCAGAGACAGGAGAAAGAGAGAGGACACUGCAAGACUCCUUCUUAAAAAUAUUACAUGUUUUAUUAUCCUGUCCCCAGAGGGGUGGUUUAUCCAGAAACCAAGAAAAAUAAUCAGAAUAAACUCAAAAAAAGGGGGGAGGGUGGGGGAAGAUAGGCGCAAAUCCAUCAACUAACAGGCAGCCAGGCCAGCAGCCCCCUCCACCUCAGGAGGGUCCCAAGAGACCCACGCCUGACAAACAACAGAGAAAUCAGUAAGGGGCUGGGGAAGGGUUGCGAAUCAGCUAUGUCUUCAUUAUGAGAGCAAGAGGCGGCAAGGAUAUGUUGCUAGGUGAAUAUAUAUUUAUAUAAUAAAUCCGUAAGUUAAUAAAGUAAAUAGUAAUUCUCUGGAUGUUUUUAUUUAUUUUUUUUAUAGCAUUUUUUUGUGAUUUUUUUUGUUUUUUUUGUUUGUUUGUUUUUGGUCCUUAGAAAAUCAGACUCAGGUCCAGACAAAGCAAAG